AUGUCAAAUGAAGCCAGUUCGGAGCAAAAACUUUCUACAACAACAGUCAGUUCAGUUGCUGUUCAAGCUGGGGAUGCCAGUAUUGUUAUAGCUGUACUUAAGUGUGGAAAAUGGGUGAAGCUUCAGCUGGCUGAAUCAACACCAAAUUUGUUAGAAAUUGGCAGCAACCAAGAUGAGACGAAAAAGCUCCUGCAAGAUCAUGAAUUCCUCCUAGCUAAACUUAAGGCUUUAGAAGACCAGGUAUGGGACCUGCUGCACGAAGCAGACAAGGCAGCAGAGGAGAACAAAGAAAAGAGUCAGGUUUAUGAUGCCAUGGCAGAGACCCUUGGGGAUGCAUGGGAUGCCCUUAUCAUUAUGUUAGAAAAGCGACAGGCACUUCUGGGACUUACUUCAGUGUUCUUUGAAAAUGCCCUGGAGUUUGCUGUUAAAAUUGACCAAGUUGAAGAUUUCCUGAAAAAUGCCCCAGAGUUUGACAAUAUUGACUCUUUAAGAGAACUCCUUCUGCAACAAGAGCAUCAUACGAAAGAGCUUUUGGAAAAGUCACUUGCACUUUUAAACAAAAGCCAAGAGCUAACUGAAUUCAUAGAAGAAUUCAAACAUGAGGGGCCAAAUGCAAAUCCAGAGCUGAUUCAGGGAGCCCACAGCAGCUGCUUGAAAAUUGACAAUCUCCUUGAAAUGCUACAAGACAGGAGACGGCAACUGGACAGGUUUCUUAAACAUCAGCGCCAAGGACUGGAGCAGGUUCUGCAAAUUUUUUUGUGGCAUCAACAAGAGAACCAGGUAACAUCCUGGUACAAGAAAAACAUCAGAGAUUAUUUUCACAAGCAAAACUUAGGCUCAUCUUUAUUGGAAAAUGAAGAGUUACUUCAAGAGCUUGAAGAAAUGGAAGUCAAAGUGAAAGAAUGGAAUUCCACUGUGGAACAGCUCGCAGCUGAAGCACAUAAGAUUUUGCUUUCAGAGGACUAUACAGAAAAAGAACAUCUAAAGCUUUCAAAUCAGAAAAUCUGUCAGUUACGAGAAGAAGUGUGCUUCCAUAUAGAAGAAAGGAGAGCCCUGCUACAAGAGGCCAAUGACUUUUUCCACUCUGCUGACAAGACAUUUUCAGUACUUGAUGGUAUUGAGAAUUAUCGUAAAAUAUUUAAUUCAGAAGGCUUACAUUUGCCUGUCUUGACAAUGAAGUAUGAAGAACUACAAGAAGCAAUUAAAAGUUGCACAGCGACUGCCUUGCAGAAGGGAAAAACUUUAGUUAAUAAAGCAGAUUCUCACAGCUCUUGGGUGACAGGAAUUCAGAGAAUGAUGGAAUAUGUUCAAGAAAAAGUAGAUCAACUAAUCAGGCAGGGUCCAGAUUAUAAAGAACUUACUUUGAAGAAACAAUGGACUGCCUCACUUGAAGAUAAUCUAAAUAAGGUAUCACAGUCGAUUAAAAAAAUCACCCCAAUGCUUGCAGUUGGUAUGGAGAUUGGUUCAUAUUUGUCUGAAUCAGAAAGAGUUUUGAAGAAGCACCUUGAACUGGCUGAACAAAUAAAGGAAACAUCACAUGAACUGGAAGCAGCUGAGAGAUUCAUCGAAGAUAUGGAAGAGUUUGAACCUGAGCAGGUGGCAGCUUUUUCUAGAAGAACUGACUUUCUAAGUGAAGAACUGAAAAAAAUUGAAAAAAAUAUUAGUUCAAGACUAGAAAUUCUAGAAACUUAUGUGGCCUUUCUAAAGUCAACUAUGGAGGUGAAUGAUGAUAUUAAAACUCUGAAGGAAUUCUAUAAAUCAGAACCACCACAAACAAACAAGGAGGCUGAAAAUAAAAUCACAAUGGAGUCAGCUAACAGUCAGUGGCAAAAGGCUAUAAAAAAGAUUUUUUCCAUCCAAAAUAUGGGUUGCAAUUUUCUUAAUUUAAUAAAUAUGGUAAAUAAGAGUUUAAUAUUAAAAGUAGAAAAAUCUAUACAAGUAACAGAAGAUAUUAUCGUUAAUCUGAGUAAAGAAAAGAAAGAGCUGACUGAUCUUUGGGCAGUCUGGAAUUUUAAAAUUACUGAAGUAAAACCCGUCAAGCAACAGUACCAGAUAUUUAAAGAGCAACUAAAAAUUACUACCCAUGGAUUAGAGAUUCUUCAAGAGGCACUUCAGCUUGCAGCAACACUUGACCUUGGAAGUGACUCUUCUAUUGUUUUGGAACUACAAAAAAAGCUUCACCAAAUGAAACCACAGUAUCAGCAACUGAAUGCUGAGCUUGAGUACCUGAUAAAAUUAUUAGACUUGCCAAGUCAGAAAGGAUUUCCUGUGAAAGAGAACUCUGAGAGAAUAAGUGAACUUAUUCAUUUCCAUCAAACUCUAAAGGACACAAUGACAGAAUAUGAAGAAAUUUUGAACAAGACAGUCAAAUUCCAUCACCUUACAAAAGAACUGGAAUGUCUAUCAAAAUCAGGAGAACUGGAUAUUCCUGAAAUAUGUGAGGCCCCUGAAAAUGUGCAUCAUGCUAAAGCCUGCCUUGUGAAUGCUCAGGAAAAGCAUGCACAUAUCAGACAGCUAUACAAACUACUUAUUACCCAGGGAGUGGAUAUCUUGUCUGCAGUGCAGCAACCUAAUUGCUUGAAUGUUUCUGUAAAGAAUCUGAAGCAAGAACUUGCUAGAUUUGAGUGUGAUAGCACUGACUGGAGCUCCAAAGCUGCCAAGUAUGAGGAAGAGCUGUUGCAGCAUUUCCAGCGUUGCACCACUCAAGAGGAGAUAAAUGAGCUCAGAGAAUCAUUUAAGGAUCUCAAAAAGAAAUUCAACAAUUUGAAGUUCAACUAUACAAAGAAAGCUGAAAAAGCUCGAAAUCUGAAAGUACUUAAAAUACAGAUUCAGCAAGUUGAGAUAUAUGCAGAUAAAAUACAGAUUCUUAAAAAGAAGAUGGAAAAUUUAGAGAAGAAAGUAAUUGGCUCUGUAGCUAAUGAACCUAAUGCUAAAGUUAGAGUCCUCUUGGGGUCAAUCAGUGACCUACAAAAACAGCUGAAUGACUUUACUAAAGUUGUGGAGGAUUACAAGCAAAACCUGGAUCUCAUGGAGCAUCUGCAACAGAUGAUGGAAGAGUGUCAAUUUUGGUUUGAAGAUGUGAGUGCAACAGUCAUUAGAGUUGGCAAGUAUUCUGCAGAGUGUGAAACAAGAGAAGCAAUAGAGACUCUCUACAAGCAAUUCAAUAAGUUUAUUGAGCCUACAGUGCCUCAACAGGAAGAAAAAAUUCAGCAUAUUACAGACCUUGCUAAACGGUUAUAUGGUAUUGAAGAAGGAAAGAAGUAUGUUGAAAAAGCCAUAUUAAAGUACAAAGAAAUCAUUAAUUCUAUUGAUGAGUUGUGUAAGUCUCUGAGGGAACUUAAGGAGAUUAAGGACAGGAAUAAAUUGGCUGAUAUUCUAAUUAUCUGUCCAGCUGGCGAGGAUCUUGUUUCACAGGAUACAGAGCUGUCAUCUUCGGCCAAAGAGGAUAGUUUACAGACUGAAUUCCUGGCAGAAGAAAUACCCUCCGGAGAUGAAUAUGAGUGUAUAUCACCUGAUGAUAUCUCUUUGCCACCGCUUUCUGAGACGCCAGAAUCCAACCUCUUACAUUCUGAAACAGAGCUAGAAGAGCAGUGCUGUUGUAGUUCUCAUAAUUUGCAUGUCAGUUCCUAUAGCUUGCAAAUGCAGAAAACUGCUAGUAUUAAAAAAGUGAUGGAAGUCCCUGGUAUCUUAACAAAUUCUGCUUAUGCUGAUGCUACAGAUAAUAAAAUAGAAAGCCCAUCAGAUCACUUUGAGAAGUUUUAUGCCUCUUCAACAGAUUCUGGCCUAAAAGUCAGGGCAGUAUCUCCUUUGACUUGUAGCUUACAAGGAAUAUCUGAAGCCAGCACUGCUUCCUGCACUAUAAAUGCCAAACCGGUAUACAGCAUGAUGAGUGAAGUGUGCAAAACACAUUUGCAACACCUUGAGCUUCAUAAAAGCAUGGUAGAAACACAAGAACAAUUGCAUGACUUGAAUAACUGUACUAAAACCCAGGACAGGCUGCAUGCUUUGCCUGAUGCAUUCUCAGGUUUCGUGUUUCAAUCAGACACCACCAGAAGCUGUCAGAGGCAGAUGGCCACCCGAGAAGAGAUUAAAAGUCCAUCAGAAAAGAACAGCAUGGCCAGCCUAACUGGACAGGCGCCUAACUUCUCCCAGCUUCUAUCUAACAAAACCGUCAUGGAAGGUUCUCCGGUAACUCUGGAAGUAGAAGUAACGGGAUUCCCAGAGCCUACACUGACAUGGUACAAGAAGGGCCAGAAACUGACUGCAGAUGAGCACUUAAAGCUUUUGCAAAAGGAGACAAAGCAUACUUUGUUCAUUCAGAAGGUGUGUGAUAAAGAUGCUGGCCUUUAUGUUGUUCGGGCUAAAAAUUUGAAUGGCACUAUCUCAUCAAGUGCCGUUCUCCACGUGAAAGGUAACAGGCCACCUAUUAUAAGAAUAGACUGGAUAAUGCUGUGUGUCAUCUGUAUUAGUGUAUCACUAAUGUACUGGCUAUUCACAAAAUAA